AUGAAGCUUACAAGAGACAACUGUAAAGUGAUGCCUGAACUGGUAGAAAUGCCUUGCAGUGAGAGCCACGGAGCUCAGUCUGCUCAGCUCUGCAGAGUAUGUCGAGACUUCGCUGUUCUGGAAGAUCAUACCUUGGCCCAUAACUUACAAGAGCAAGAGAUUGAGCAUCACUUGGCAACAAAUGUUCAGCGUAAUCGUCUGGUGCAGCAUGACUUGCAGGUGGCCAAGCAACUGCAAGAAGAGGAGGAUCUGAAAGCUCAAAUCCAGAAACACCGAAAAGACUUAGAACGACAGGACUGUGAGAUCGCUCAGGAAAUCCAAGUGAAGCUGGUCUUUGAAGCGGAGCAGCGCCGCAGGCAAGAGGAAAAAGACGAGGACAUUGCCCGUCUUCUACAACAGAAAGAACUGCAGGAAGAAAACAAGCGCAAGAAGCGCUACCCAGAAUCCCAGGGACACACAGUCUAUGAAGAUAGCUAUUAUGCAGAAAAUGGAGGCACUAAGUUGAGGGGGACGAAACAAGCCAUGUAUGAUACACCCCGAAGGGAACAGGAGUUGUCUGAUGCAGAGAUUGCUCGGAAGCUGCAGGAGGAAGAGCUCCUGGCUAACGAGGCAGAUCAGAAGGCAGCUCAAGUAGCCCAAGAUGAGGAAAUUGCCCGACUCUUGAUGGCUGAGGAGAAAAAGGCUUUCAAGAAAGGGAAGGAGAGAGAAAAGUCUUCCUUUGAAAGAAGGAGGCAUGAUCAAGACUGGAAGCAUGAUGCAAGCGAGUCCACGCGCUCAAGGUCAAAAGAAGGACCUGAAACUCAGCGACACAAAGGUGACAGGGCUUCAAGGUCACAGCCUCUCCACGAUGACUUUGAGCACGCUCGGUAUUACACAAGCCAACCCAGUCCCUUACGCCAGAUCCCUAAACCUGAUCACUCUCCUAAAGGUUCCCGUAGAAAGCAGUAAACUGUGCUAGCCUUUGCUUUGGUACUGACUCUUCUGUAGCAAACAUUACUGGAAUUGCCAGGCAACUUUCUCGAUUCCUUACCCAACGGGAGGUCCACCCUCCACUCCCAGGAUCUCCUCUUUAAGUGUCAUCGUGUUAAGGAACGUUGUUCAUUUUGAUUUCUUACUUGUAUGUGAUGACUUAAGCAGUGCAGUAUAAUCUAGCCGCCACUGAGCUGUGUGAAUCAAGUAGCUGACUUAACAGCUCCCUCUUACAUUCUUUUGAGACUUUCCUUUUAUUUUUAUUUUUAAGCUUUGGCUGGAGCUUUGACAAAUAGAGAUGCAUGUACAAUAGGGAGGAAAAUCCAAGAUCGGAGCUGGGUUAUGGUAAUGCAGCAGAACGUCAGAAGUACAAGUCCUUUCCAUAUUAGGAUGACUUAGCAAAGAGAGUUAUAAGAGGAAACGU